GGGUAAACGUGUUUCUCCUUUCGUGAACGUUCAGCCUUGCUAGUGCUACAGAAAGUUGCGAGUGUAUAGAACUGGGAUUUAUAACUCGUAAGAGACCUGAACAAGAAAAGCCAUUGUUUUUAACGCCAUCAUGGCGGCGUCUGAACAUCCGCUGAGAGACUCUGCAGGGGACAUAAGGUGCAUCGCUUGUCCAAAAGUACCUGCCUCUCACUUGUGCACGCACUGUGGUCACAUGUUCUGUCAGGCGUGCACGGAUUGGCUGCGGCAUAUCAGCGUGGGAAAGGUCGACAACUUGCGCUCCAUUUUGCGAUCAGAAAGCGAGAGUGGUCCCCAAAUCUCAGAAGAGAUUUCAGUCUCGAAAACUCUCCCAACCAAGCACAACUGCCAUCUGGUGGCUGGCUGGGUGACGGACGUUACAAGAAAGCUGCAAGAUGAUGGCGCAGAGGCUCGCAGUCGAAUCUUGCGAGCAGCGGACGUCCUGGAACAAGCGGUGGCAGCCUGGAGAGGAAGUCUCCUACAGGAAGUCGACGAUCACGUGAUCAGAUCUACACGUCAGCUCGAAGGACUACAAACACAGUUGGAGAAACAUCCACGUGACGUCUGCUCGGUAUGCGUGCGUGAGUCGGUUACACGUGACGUCACCAACGUGUUUCCCAACGACGCAUUGCGAGGAUGCAGACGAUCGGGGGAAUCCCCUUCUGUAGAUAAGUUUCUGGUUGCGAAAAUGGACGAGACCGUCAUGGAGAGAGUGAAGGAAGACAUCAAGAACAUUUGCUGUCUUGCCUUUUCAACGAUCGGCGAAGCCUGUGAAACCUCUCUGAAACAAGAAGAGAUGCCUGAAGACAAGAAGUUUAACCGAGUGACUGGGUCGUCUGAGAGCGCCUGCUCGCAAAGUUCAAGUAGCAGCUGCAGUGUCGCCAGCCUCCUGUCUGUGGACGAUGUGCAGGACGGAGUGGAGACGGUCGCGCAGUGUGAAGGGAGCUUUAGAGAGACCGAUACACACGACAACUGCAGUGACUUGCUUUGCACUGGAAACGCCGCGGAAGGCCACACUACACUAGACUACAGGGAAGAUGACCAGGGGAGGCAGGGCGGGAGCUCAGAUGUCUCCGAGGACUGUGAGCCAGAAGACUCAGGUGAGGUCGUGAGUGAAGAGGCUGACGUCACAGGCCAAGGUGAAGGUCGUGUGUAUGUCGGGACCGCGGGCAGCGUUCACAUCGCACAGACUCUCAUCGAGGUGGACAUUCGUGCAAACGAGCGUGACAAUGCAAGAGUGGCGGCACCGCAAGGUUGCAGCGUGAUGCAACACGUUGAUCGCGUUGUGGUGGCGCAGCACAGCACGACACUCAACAUCCAUGUGGGCGACCGGCCGGACCUGGUGCAGCACGUCCUUAUUGAGCAAAUCACAGACCCUGCACUUGUUCAUGCAGUCGACAAAGUGCUUGUGGCGAGAAUAUCGUGGCGAACGGAAAGUGACAGGAAGGAAUCUGCAGAACCACAGGGCUACACUUCUUCGGAUGCUCAGACAGAUGAAGAAAACCACACCUGUGACAGGGACGCAACAAAAUUCGACGAAGCCUGGCACAAAGAGACCAGUCAGAGAGAAGGUCUCAGUCAUCUUUGCCAGGACCAGACCAAGGAGAUGGAGGUCAAAGUCGCGAGGUUUGUGGUCAAAGUUCAGGAUGUUCAUGACCAGCUUGUCGCUGGCGUGCUGCAGCAGCUGGAGGCGGGGAAGCUGGAGGACGUGGUGAGGCGACUGUACACUGACUUUAACGUGCGCCUGAUGGCAGUGGACUGCGGCCUCGGCUUUCUCAUGGACGUCCCGAUGGCGCAGUGGAGACAGGCGAAAAGCCAGCAUGUGGACAUUCAAAAAGUCCUCAGCGAUCUACUUCCUGGACAAAGGUCACAGGAACUGGACUGGGGCGAUUUGGAAAUUUGUGAACCUGACAGGGAGGGAAACCAUGCCGAUCUUCAGCUGGGGAAGCCUCUAUCUUUACAGCGGGAACCGAGGAGUCCAUGUGCCAAGAACAUGUCUCUCUGGCAAGAUUUUAUCAGCCUCCAUUUUCCUGAACGACACUCUCAAACCUACACCAUUCCUGACUCUAACGGCCAGAGCUCUCUGACCACGCAAGUCUCACAGGCCCAGUCUCUCGAUGACUUCAACACGGAAUCUGCACAUCAGCGUGCGCUCUUCUGUCUGAAGAAAAUGGCGGAGGCCCAGACGGAGGUCAUGGUGAUUCUGGGCCAGCCUCGGCUUGGCGACCGUUCACUUCACACUCCCUUCACUGCUGCGGACGCUCAUAUGUUCCCUUGUAAUUCCCCUCCUCCGACCUUGACCCAGUCGCUCGUGGGCUGGGGAAAAGGUGACUGCAGUUUGCUCCUCGUUACUAGAAACUACGGUCUGGUUGUUUGCCAAAUGAAAAUGAUGGGUGUUAGUCAUUUACGCUCCUUUCGACAGCCCGAGGAAAAGUUAGAUGUGUUUAUCAGAAAGGUCGCGAGGCAGGCGAUGCAGCAGAUCCUCCUGAGGGAGAGAAGCGUAAGUUGGGUGGUGAAUCAGUAUGCUCCAGGACUAGCCGUUAGAAAAACGCUUGGACUGCCUUUCGUGACAUCACAGGAAUUCGUCGGGGCAGUGAGUGGUGACCCGACCUUGCUGCAGGAAUUAAGUUACUGUCUAGAAACAAAUGCUUCCGCUGCAGACAUCGCCGAAGUCUGUCUUUUUGCUGACCACUUUUCGUCAUCUGACCAAAAGCAAAGCGACGUAACCCGAGAAGCUUUGAUUCGUCUGAAGGAGUGGUGGGUGCGACGAGUGGCUGGAUCUGGACCGGACUCUCUCAUGACCUCCGAACUCUAUGACCUGCUCCUGGCAUGGUUCUGCGGGCAUCUGAUGUCGGUGAAACUGCCCUGCCUUUCUGAGCCUCGUCUAUCGCUCUCAGUGCCGGAGGGAGCCUCAGACGACAGAUGCGCGCACAUCACUCUGUCCAGACAGCAGGUGAACCAGUUGCACUCGGCUCCACCCCGCCUGUUUGUCAGCGGUCCACCCGGCACGGGAAAGACAACCCUGCUGCUGCUAGCAGCCAUGGACUGGCUCGACCGCCGCCGUGACGUCACAGUGGUCAUCACGUGGCUCAAGGCCCGCCCCGCUAGUUACCUGCUGCACAACCUCCUGCAGCAGCACGUGCGUCGCAGGACUCUGGCUGGCAAGGAUGUCGGAACCGUGAAUCUGGAGGAGCUGAAGAUGGAAAAAGACAAGCACGCAAAGCGGGCAUUAAAAAGACUGCGAAAAGUAAUGUCGUCACGUGAGCAACUCUUCCUCGUGGCAGACGAAGCUGGGCCCGACAGGACGCUGAUCUUUCAGACUCUGUGUUUCAACCUGUGUGCCCACAUACCUGACCUACGCCUCUGGGCGGCAUCCACCGAGUACGGGCACGCACCUCUAGGGUGGCAGAUGGAGUUUUUGAACAUACCCGUCCGUAGUCCUCCCAAAAUGGUUGGAGAAAUUUCGCAAGAUAAAGAGAUUUUAACAGGUAAACUCCACACCUACGAUAGGAGAGCCAUUCCCACUAACCUACAUUGGCCCCCUCACACCACGGUGAGGCACGAAGGUGAAGGGCACUCGAAGAAGACACCUCACGACUGCGUCCAGUGUGGGCGAGAACUGGCCGCCUGUCUGCAAAGUCUUGGCGUAGGAGUCGUUGAUCAAAGCGUUGUUGCCUCGAUGACCAGCUACGACAAAAGCAGUCAUGCAGCAUCGAGUGGCCUCAGGUUCAAGGACGUCUUCAUCUUGUUUCACGAGAACUUUGGUAACAACUGCGGUCUGCUGGCCGGCCUGCGAGAGAGAAACGUUCCCGUCAGUACAAUCAAUGAAAGAGACGUCAGUGACGUAGAGGACGUAGUACGGGCCACCAGUGACGUAGUGCGCGUCGGUCACUGGGAUGCUGUGCGCGGCCUGGAGAGGCGAGUGGUGGUCUACGUGAGUCGGCUGAACUACUCUCAAGAAGGCGAACCAUGGUUCAGCAGGCUCCGCGGUUUGUCGAGGUGCACUGAGCAUCUGUUGCGAGUCUACCAGCCAUUCGACUUUACCUGAACUGUGUGCGAAUCAACUCAUAUUACAGUCACUUGGAGAAAGUCAAAAGUGAGACGUUUUAGCUACAUUAUUUUGCCCGAUCCCCACCCCCUCCCUUUGUCUCUUUAUUUAAAAAAAUCCACUUUUUGAUUCUCGUGAGGAAACCUAACCUUUUUACCCUUAAUUAUCAAUAUUGACGACUUUAGUCUUUCACGAGCUAUUGAAUACAAGCAAAUAGAAAUCAUUAUUUUCGUCUCACAUGCAACACCAAGGGAAUAAAGGCGAGGUUGGAAGGGGAAGCAAUGCAAGAAAUGUAUGGACCUCUCUUUUGCCAGUUACUUCCCCAGGGAGCCGAGGCCACUGUCUGGGGUUUCCGUCAGACAGGAUCCUCUUAGAGGCCGAUCACAAAUAACUGUCUCCCAUUGCCAACUCUCCUCCACCUGGCAAGUCGCACCUGUCUCCAUCCACCGCCUGUGUGGGAGGUAGACAGGUGGACAUCAAAGUUGGGAAUUAAAACCUUUCCCUACCCUUGACUUCCGGUAACAAAGCCAUGCACACACAUGCCUUACCGAACUCUCUUUCUCUAUUCCAUCCCAAACUACACCACCACCGAAGAAGGAAAAUAGUUGGAAAUAGGCUUAAUAUUAGACUGAUAUACGAUCUGAUAGAACAUUUAAAUGAAAAUAAACAAUCUGUUUUACUAAUAUGGCUGGAUUUCGAAAAAGCCUUCGACAGUAUUUGUUGGAUUUUUAUGCUUAAGGUUCUAUAUUCCUUUGAAUUUAGCCCCCUUUUCUGUAAAUUAUGCAAAUGUUAAAUCAAGUGUGUCAGUGAAUGGCACACUAUCAGAAUGGUUCCAAAUUAGAAGAGGAUGCAGGGAGGGGGACCCCAUCUCACCUUAUUUAUUCAUUUUGUGCAUAGAAAUUCAAGCUAUUAUAGUCAGGAAAAAUAAUUAUACAAAAGGUAUAAAAAUUCACAACUCUGAAAGUAAAAUGGUAUAACAUAACUAAACUUGGAAGAGGACAGACCCUAUUGAUGAGCACUUUAGAUAUGUUUGGAAAGAUAUCCGGAUUGGUACUAAACAUCAAAAAAAUCAAGUGCAGUAUGGCUUGGGAGCAAAACAAACUCACCGAUUAAGUUCUUACCACAUUUACAGAUACAGUGGAAUCCAGAAAAAUUUUGAAUUCUCGGUCUUCAGUUUACAAAUAACCUAAAAGACUUUAUAAAAUUAAACUAUGAGAGCAAGCUUGCUGAAAUUAGAAUGUUGUACAAACUAUGGUAAAGGAAAGACAGUUAGUUCCAUUAUGGAGAGUAGCAAUACUUAAGUCCUUAAUUUUGUCAAAAUGAGUACAUCUGUGGUUACUACUACCUAACCUUCCAGACUAUACAUUAUAAAUGACAUACAGAAAUCCAUCUUUAGGUUUGUUUGGAAUGGAAAAAAUGGCAAAAUUAAUAUUAAUAUAUCCAUUACAAAUAUCUAUGCUCGAAGCAUGGGCAUACAUGAUGUUAGAACUUACAUGAAUGCUUUAAAAUUAUCGUGGCUGUGGAAAAGAAAGAAAACCAGCCACAGCUGGAAAAAAUAUUUUAUCCACACAUAUAAUAAUUAUUUGGACAAACUGGUCCCUGCAGUUUGCCACUUUAUAAAGGCAAAUAGCUUCUGGACAAAUGUAUUAAAAGCGUACAGGAUAUUUGGAGAAAAUAUAGUGUGUGAAAAACAUGAAGAAAUUCUGUGAAAACCUAUCUUUUCUAAUAACGAUUGGGAAUAAGCAAUUCUAAACAGAAGAUGGGUGGAGAAAGAUAUAUAUAUAUACACUUAAUGAAAUACUUAAUAGAUGAAAGAGGACUACUUUUUAUCAUAUCCAGCUGUUAAAAAUAAAUAUGAUGUCAACAUUAACUUUAUCUCUUUUAAUGGUUGCAAAAGGCUAUAAAAACAUAUAUAAACUUAAAUACAUUGAAUAAAACAGAUUUGCCUUCAUCUACAUAUGACACAAACAAAACUUUAAGAAUAUUUCGAUCAAUACAGAAAGGAGCAAGACUAUAUUAUAAUAAAAUGAUAUCUAACACAUGUAUGCCAACUGUUGUUUAAAAUGGAAUGAAAGGAUAACAAAAAUGAUGAUUGACAUGUUAUAUAUAAUUCAAUGGCUAAUAUAAAAGAUAUUAAAUUAAAAUGGCUUCAAAUCAGAGUGCUACAUAGAACUCUGGGGACAAAAGUAAUAUGUAAUGAUGUCUGCAGCUUUUGAAGAGACGAAAAAGAAAAUAUUCAGCAUAUAUUUUGGAAUUGUAAAUAUGUAAAUGAUUUUUGGAGAAAUUUACGAAAUUGUAUAUUAGACAAAUGUACAAAUGCUCCACAGAUAACUAUCAGUGAACAUUUGGUUCUGUUUAGAUGCAGUAAUAACUUUGAGACAGGUGUUGCACUUGAUUUAAUAUUAUGGCUCUCAAAAGCAUACUUAUAUUGUUGUAGAUUUAAAAAAGUCAUCCCUAAGUUAGGACCGUUUAUCCACAUUUUGAAAAACAGGUAUACAAUCGAAAACUUUAAUGCAUGCUUAGAAAUAAACGAAGAAAAGUUUGCGAAGCACUGGCUAGCAUAUAAACAACUUGUUAACUAGAUUCAAUGCUGACUCUAUAUAGAAAUUACUUCAUGAUUAACUAAAACUACAUAUGUCUUGAUAUGAUAUACAUUAAUGUUGUGCUGUCAGCUUAUGACACAUAGGAUCCAAGGGGCCUCCUAUGAUGAUUGCUUGAUUUGUGUGAGAUGGGGAAAAAACCCACAUACUUUUCUGCUGUGUAAAAUUUUACUUUGCUGGCUUCUCUGGGUAGAUGGAUGUAUUCUUAAAAUGACUGUUAAUCUAUGUGCAUGUGUUUGUUUUUAUGUUGUUAUAUUGUAAAAUAUUGCUUUUUGUUAUGUAUAUUUAUAUUGUAAUGCAUCUGUGAACAAAAUUAUGUAUUGCUUAUGUCUCCUCGUAGUCUGGAUACCUCUAUCUACUUGAAGUGUUUGUGAGUAGAUAUGUUUUCGUUCCCCUAUUUAACAUUUAUAUACUUGAAAAUAAUAUGUAGGUGUGGUAUGCCUAGGAUGAAACGAAUGUCAUAUGUUUAUAAAUUAGUAUAUGUCAAAUGAUUGGUUGAAAUGUGCGAAGUGCCUGAAAAAAGAGUUGGGGUAUGGAAGCUUUUUUAAAUUAUGUAUUAUGUUUUAUUUAUGCCGUGUGUUGAAGGCUAUCUAUAUUUGAGUAAGUUACAACUAAAAGUCAAAGACAAACCACUACAACCUAUGCUGUUUCUAUUGUCAGCUGCUUCUUUCAUAGGGUAGGGUAUGAUGAGGUUGAGGAAAGAUUUGUGCAGAUUGCCAUGGAUGCGUUUGUUGAUUUAGCUAUGCAAAUUGUUUUAUGUGGUAGUAUUUUAUGUUUUAUGUAUCUAUUGUUUAGUAAAAAAUAACUUCAAUAAAUAUUUGAAGAGUGUAGGGGAGCAUUAAAAACAUGCUUAAGUGCAAAUGUGAGGAUUUCUCCAUAUGCUUGUUUUAACUAAACCCAAUAUCUCCUCAGUAUAUUUCAACACUGAUUUUACCUGGGAGUCAAGGAGUUUCCAAAAGAUGGGUAGGCUAUUUGAGUUCAGCUUUCUAAUGGUCUUAAGAAUUUCUAGCACACCUUUUCUCCUUGCAUGCAUAGCUCAUUCCAUGCUACAGUAAAGCUCAUCUUAGUGGAAAAGGGUAUUCCUAGUUAUUUGUAGGUCUUUUUUACUUUCACUUCUAAAAUACCACACAACCAUUUUUCAUUAAAUGGAGGUAGCCACUUUUCCUAAAAACCAUAACAUUAAUUUUAUCCAAAUUGACAGCCAACUUCAGUUUAACUGCUUCUUGUUCAGUAAACUUGCUGAUUCUCUAAGCCAACAAAUGUAUCAGAAACAAGAGCCACAAUAAUAGUAAAAAUAAUUUCUACAGUCUAAGGUAUGAGUUUGGAUCUCAUGUUUACGUCCCUUGCUUUUUUUAAAUUUAUUAAUUAGAAACAUUUGAGAACUUAGUAAACAUCCUUGCUUGACAUCUUAAGGACAUUCAAACAUAUCCAUAUUUACAGACUUAUCUGUAACAUAUGUAGAAAGUGAUCUAUGUAUCUAUACAUGAUCUAUAAAAUAAUUUGAGAGAGAAAGCAAAAGA